CCAGCCGGGACCCCGCACAUCCUCCCACACUGACCCCCGGAAUACAUCCAGCAAUAUGAACAUCUUCCGCUUCUUGGGAGAUCUGUCCCAUCUGGCUGCAAUCUUCAUCCUGCUGCUGAAGAUCUGGAAGUCCAGGUCCUGUGCGGGUAUCUCUGGGAGAAGUCAGAUCCUCUUUGCUGUUGUAUUCACCACUCGAUACCUAGAUCUGUUCACGAACUAUAUCUCCCUCUAUAACACCUCUAUGAAGCUUGUAUAUGUUGGAAGUGCUUAUGCCACCGUGUGGAUGAUCUACAGCAAAUUCAAAGCCACAUAUGAUGGGAACCAUGACACCUUUCGUGUGGAGUUCCUCAUUGUCCCGACUGCCAUCUUGGCUUUUCUCGUCAACCAUGACUUCACUCCUCUAGAGAUCUUGUGGACUUUUUCCAUUUAUCUGGAGUCUGUUGCUAUCCUGCCACAGCUGUUCAUGGUCAGCAAGACUGGGGAGGCCGAGACCAUAACUAGCCAUUAUCUCUUUGCUUUGGGAAUAUACCGUACUCUAUAUCUCUUCAACUGGAUCUGGCGCUACCAGUCUGAGGGAUUCUUUGAUCUGAUUGCAAUUGUGGCUGGACUUGUGCAGACCAUCCUGUAUUGUGACUUCUUUUAUCUAUAUAUUACCAAAGUUCUGAAGGGGAAGAAGCUGAGCUUACCAGCAUAAGCAGCUAAUGCUUGCACGGUCCUCUUCUACAGUGUGAACUCUUACAGUCUCCGCUGAGAGGAGAGGGAUGAUACAGGGAAAAAGGAUUUGUACCACUUCAAGUACAAACUCCAGGGCGCUAUGACACAAUAAAAACUGAACAGGUGCUGCUUUCCACUUUCUGCUACACCUCAAGAGACACUAAAGAAGAGACUUCUAGAAGACAAAGUGUCACUCUCAAGAUGACCUGUGAUCACGUCUUACAGAGAGUGGUCUCCAUUACGCCCACUGUUUGUAGUUUGGGUCUAACAAACACUUUCAGUAUAGAUUUCUUCUGUAUCUGUUUUCUAAUGCCCUUUGUUCUUAUUUUCAUCCCUUAUCUUUUGCUGGAGAUGUUGGGGUUUGAAAAACCACAGUUAUGUAACCUACUUUUUAUUUUAUUUUUUAAUAGUAAUUAAAGCAUUCGCAGCCAGUGUAAGAGGCCUGAGUUUCCUUUGGUAAAAAGACGCGUUUCCCUUUUUGCAAAUUGCUGGUGUUUUUACAAAAAUAGGCAAGAGAUGGGAUUAUAAGCUGUACAUUGUUCCUGUAACAGAUUCUGUAUAUUUUUCACGGAAACCUCAAAAAUUGAAAUUUUG